AGCCACCCACCUACCCAACUCCCUCCUUAAGACCCCCCCUUUCCCAUACCCUUUUCUCUCAAACCUCACUUCUCUCCCUUCCCUCUAUUUUCCUCUGUUUUUCCCUUCUCAUGGGUUUUGAUGAUGUAUGUAACACAGGCCUGGUUUUGGGGUUGGGUUUAUCAUCAACCCCCAACAACCAUCUGCCAACGUCUAAGAAACCCUGUCUGAAAUUCGAACAGCACACCUUGGCCGCUGGGAAUUUCGAACCGUCGCUGACGUUAGGUCUGUCCGGUGGUGACAGUAAUUAUCAUCAUCAGGUCGCUGGCAAAAAGAUUGUGUCUGAUCAUGAGACUACGGUGGUUGUGGAUUUGUACCGUCAGGCUUCCCCUCACAGCGCUGUUUCUUCUUUUUCCAGCGGGAGGAUUGUAAAAAGGGAGCGAGACCUCAGCAGCGAGGAGGCAGAGGUCGAGAAAGUUUCACUUUCUUCAAGGGUGAGCGAUGAAGACGAAGAUGGUGUUAACGCCAGGAAGAAACUUCGCCUCACCAAAGAGCAGUCUGCUUUGUUAGAAGAAAGCUUCAAACAACACAGUACUCUCAAUCCCAAGCAAAAACAAGCUUUGGCAAGGCAAUUGAAUCUAAGGCCAAGGCAAGUUGAAGUAUGGUUUCAAAACAGGAGAGCCAGGACUAAGCUGAAGCAAACAGAGGUGGACUGUGAGUUCUUGAAGAAGUGCUGUGAGACACUGACGAGCGAAAACAGGAGGCUGCAGAAGGAACUACAAGAACUCAAGGCGCUGAAGCUGGCUCAACCUUUUUACAUGCACAUGCCGGCGGCGACGCUCACCAUGUGUCCCUCUUGUGAAAGAAUUGGUGGGGUCGCCGGCGACGGCAACACCAAGAGCCCGUUUUCAAUGGCUCCCAAAUCUCAUUUCUAUAAUCCCUUCAGCAAUCCUUCUGCAGCUUGUUGAUUUAAAGUCUUGCAAUAGGAUUAAUAUUGGCUAAAAGAGAAAAAGAAAAUAGACAGUUUCCCAACCCCUGUAAUUUUUUGGUUAAGGGAUGUACUGAAUUAAUUAGUGUAAUUGUUUAAUUUGUAGAAAAGGUGAAAGGAUAGUAAUUACUGAUAAUUGUCAUCUUUUU